UUAUGUGAAAUAAUGCUGUACAAGGAUAUUAAGUCGUGCACAUGUCUUUUUAUCGGCACUCUUAAUUUGUAAUUUCUAAACUAAUGGUGUGUCUGCUAAGGGACUCUUAAGACAAGAGUGAAUGGAAGACAAGGCGAAACUCGUGACCCCUGAAGUAGAGGUUAAGGAUGCUGACGUCAGAAUUAAUGUCGGGAAUGAAGGAGAGAACGGAGCUGUGGAAUUGGACGCCGUACGGACCAACAAAGGAAGGGUGGCAGCUCAAAACACGUGUUGCGAUGAUGACACACAAUGGCUGGCUUGUAUGGAGGAUCAGUUCCAGAAAAGAGCCAAACCUGAUGGUAAAAUACAGUUGGAGGAUUUCAAGGACGUACUUGGAGUUCGUCAGUCAUUUUUCGCCGAGCGAUUCUUCGAUCUGUUUGAUAAAGAGAAGAGUGGAAACAUUGAGGUCUAUCUACUGUUGCACGGACUGCGGACUCUGGCCAACGGGGCACCUGUGGAGAAACUCAAGUUUGUCUUCGAUGUCUAUGACAUAGAUGGAUCUGGAAGUAUUGAGAGAGAGGAACUUAAGACCAUACUGACCACGUGCAUGGAGGAGAGUUCCCUGUUUUUGGGGGAGGACCAUCUGAAUGACCUCACUGACGUCAUGUUUGACGCGGCGGGGAAAGACCGGACCGGAAGUAUGACCUUUGAUGACCUCAGACAAGUGGUCGAGAAACACCCGAGUGUUAUGGAAAACUUGACCCUAAGCGCUACACAGUGGUUGAAAUCCUCUGGUCCACCAAAGAAAGAGGAGAAAAGUUGGCGCCACAAGCUCACGUGGACGUACUUCAGAAACAACCUGAGGAAGAUCUUGUUUGUCGCGUUGUUCGCCGCCAUUCAGCUGAUCAUCACAAUCUACACCAUAAUGGCGGUGCUGGAGAAGAGUUCGUCUGAUCCGGCUUACACGGCCAUCCGAAUCUUUGCAAGCGUCGGAGGGAUGCUGCUCAACUUCAACUGUAUGUUUGUCCUGGUCCUGGUGUUGCGGAAGUGCCACUCCCUGUUGCGUUCCACGCCACUGGCCGCCAUCUUGCCUCUGGACCAGCAUAUUACGUUCCACAAAAUGGUUGGCGCCGCUAUAGGGGUGUCUGCCGCGAUCCAUGUCGGCGGCCAUAUUGCUCACGCCGUUUAUGUCCAGACCGUUACACCGGAAAAGAACAUGACAGCAGUGGACAUACUAUUCACCCAGAAAGCCAAUAUGGGCUGGGUGGCGGGCACGGCCUACAUCACGGGCUGGCCCAUACUGGGCAUACUGAUCAUCAUGACUAUCUGUUCCCUCCCUUUCGUCAGGAGAGGGGGACAUUUUGAGGUUUUCUACUGGACACACAUGUUGUACGUCCCUUUCUGGAUCAUACUAAUUAUCCACGCCGAGGUCUUCUGGUACUACCUGAUCCUACCGCUCACUAUGUUCAUCAUCGAGAAGAUCUUGGGGUCGCGACUUAUCAAAAAAGCUCGAUACGGAGACAUAUUUAUAACUGAGGUCGGGCUUCUGCCAUCUGGGGUGUGUCAUCUGGUAAUAAGUCGUCCGGAUAAUUUUCGAUAUCGUCCUGGGGACUACAUUUUCCUGCAAAUCCCCGCCAUUGCAAAGUUUGAAUGGCAUCCUUUCACAAUUAGCAGUGCGCCAGAAAUGAAGGGGCACAUCUGGCUGCAUGUUCGCACGGCCGGACAUUGGACCAAACAGCUAUAUGAGUAUUUCUCCGCCAUUGAUCCUAUCCAAGAAAACCCGGAUAAAGAACUGAAGAUGCGACAAAGGAAAAGCCACGCCAGAGCUUCUUGGAUGCCAGGAAAGCGUCAAUCUCAGUUUAAAAUAAAGGACAAGGAAGAAUUACAAGCUGAGAAGAGAAUAGCGCAAAUUAUGAAAAAAGUUCACGUUAAGUGCAACAUCGACGGCCCUUACGGUACGGCGACCAGGGAGAUCUUCGAGACAGAGCACGCGGUGCUGGUGGGGGCAGGGAUCGGCGUUACCCCCAUGGCUUCCAUUCUACAGAGCAUCAUGUACCGUUAUAAAGAGUCCAAGAGAGUCUGUCCCAACUGUAAAUUCAGCUUCUAUGGCGUCAUCCCUGAAAGCGUCAUGAAGCUGAAAAAGGUGCACUUUAUCUGGAUCAACCGAGACCAGAAGAGCUUUGAGUGGUUCGUGGGCCUGCUGAAUAAGAUCGAGAAAGAGCAGAUAGACGUGGCGUUUGAGGAGGGCAAGGACCUGGAGAAGGUUAUAGACAUCACCCUCUAUAUGACGGCGGCCAAGGCCAAGACUGACAUCCGGGGGGCGGGGCUACAGAUGGCGCUCAGCAUCAUACACCGGCGGGACAAGAAAGACCUGAUUACCGGACUGUCCACACGGACCCAGGCCGGCAGACCGAACUGGAACGAGAUAUUUAGUAAAAUAUCGGAGGAAAGGAAAGGUAAAGUAAAGGUCUUCUUCUGCGGGGCCCCACAGCUUGGACAAGUGGUCAAGAAGGCAUGCAUGAAGUUCGAUUUCAGAUUCCGAAAAGAAAACUUUUAAACUUGGCUCAAUUCAUCCAUUAUGAUAAUAUAGUUACUGCAGUAAAAUGAAUCCUUAGUGCUUUCAAAUAGAACAAACACAUUUUUAUGAUGGUAAAUUUUGUAAUUAUGGUAUUUUUAUC